AUGGCAGACCAUCAAAUCUCGUCCAAAUUUUCCAAGCUCAAUCCCUUCAACUCCGACGACGACGACAAAGGAGGGGCCAUUUCCGUCAACUCGGUGGGCGGCGGCGGUCGCAGCACCCGCAAGGCUCAACACGAAAAGCAACAGCUCAACGUCAGCGACGCCCUCCGCAAAUACCUCGUCGAGCACAACGUCAUUGCAGAGCACGAUGCCGGCGUCGGCUCCAGCGAGACCACCCCGGCCCUGCGCAGCUUGCUGGGCAAAUCUCACUUCAACGUGCCCGAGUCGCUGCUGGACAGGUCCCGCCCGUUGCCGGAAUACUUCAUCAGCUCCAGCCACAACACAUAUCUCAUGGCGCACCAGCUGUACGGGUCGUCGUCGGCGUCGGCAUACGAGACUGCCCUGAAGACGGGGUCGCGGUGUGUCGAGAUUGAUGCCUGGGACAACAGCGCCAACCCGGAGGAACCCAAAGUCACGCAUGGCUUCACGCUCGUGUCACACGUCUUGUUCAGGGACGUGUGCGAGACCAUUCGGGACGUCUUUGACGAGGAGAAAAGCAUCGCCCACAAGGACCCCGGGUGUCGUCUCGCGCCGAUACUACUGUCGCUCGAGAACCAUUGUGGUGAGCAGGGACAGAAGCGACUGGUGGACAUCAUGAAGGAGGUUCUCGGGGACCGGCUCCUCGCCCAGCCAGUUAUACAAAAGGGUCAUCGAGAACAGAGCGGUGCGGACGAACACGUGUGUCUGGCUGAUUUGGGGGCCUGUAUCGCCGUUAUCGUCGAGUACGAUCUGAAGGGAGUCGACGGCGCCGCUGCUCAAGAAUCCGACAGCGAGUCGUCGUCAGCCAAUGAGCAGGAAGGGGAGGAGGCCGAGGCUGCUCGAAAGGCAUACAAGCAGAAGAUGAAAGAAGCCCCUCCCGCCGGCAUCAUCCCAGAACUAGCAGACCUGGGCGUGUAUGCCCAGUCUGUGAAACCAGUCGACAACUCGUGGUUCAACCCGGGUACUCUUGUAAACGGGCCACACCACCACCUCAUCAACCUCUCCGAGUCGGGCCUGUCAUCGCACCUCCCCGGCGAGUCCAUUGCUAUCGCUGCCCACAAUUCUCAACACCUCAUGCGCGUCUAUCCCAAAGGCACGCGAAUCUCCUCGUCGAACCUGAAGCCCCUCCAGUUCUGGGCCAUCGGCGCCCAAAUCUGCGCGCUCAAUUGGCAAACGUUCGGCACGAGCAAUCAGCUCAAUGACGCGCUGUUCAGCGGUUCAGAGGGCUACAUCCUCAAGCCAGCAGCCCUUCGAAGCGGUGGCGACGGAAAGAUUCUCACUGGCAGGAGGAAGAGACUCCGCUUGCAUGUCGCUGGAGCAACAGAUAUCCCCGUCCACGAUGACCGAGAGCCGGAUUCUCUCAAGCCCUACCUAACAUGCAACUUGUACAGUCCAGGUGACGUCGAAGGCGAAACGCAUAAGCGCAAGACGGCGCCGUAUAAGCAUCACAAGUUAGGCAUGCUACGUCGAGGCGAUGAUUCUGCAGUUACAGAUCCAAUUUGGGAUGAGACGCUGGAAUGGGUGUACGAAGAUAAUGAGCUGGUCUUUCUGCGGAUGCUCAUCAAGAGUGAUGAUGCGUGGGCUAGAAACCCCAUGAUUGCCGUCGCCGCCAUCCGGCUACUGUAUGCUGUGCCCGGAUGGACUUUCAUUCGCAUGAUGGAUAUGAAGGGCGGGGAGACAAAGUGUACAAUCCUGAUGAAGAUGGAGAUGGACAACGUUUAG